AUGGCUCUUCCUAAAGUUCUAUUAACGAGAACGUUACCACCUGAGUCACAGCAACUCAUUGAAAAUGCUAAAGACAUCGAGCUUAUCCAUUGGAAGGACGAUAUUAUACCCCGAGACCAAAUGCUGAAAUUAGUACUAGGUGUUAAUGGAAUCCUUUGUAUGUUAACUGAAAAGAUUGAUUUAGAGCUCUUAGAUAAAGCUGGUCCAAACUUGAAAGUUGUAUCGACAUGUUCAGUGGGAUAUGACCAUGUAGAUUUAAAUGAACUCCGAAAACGCAAAAUACAUUUGGGAAAUACUCCUGAUGUACCUACAGACGCGACUGCAGGUAUAAGGUUUUUAACUAGAAAUAGAUUUUUAUGUUUUAAUAGAAUUGAAUAUUCAUCUUAUAGUCUAUAUGUUAUAAAAGAUAUCACUGCUUUAUUGGUACUGGCAGCAGCACGUAGAAUACGUGAGGGAAUUCAUGCUAUAGAAGAUGGGAAAUGGAGCAAGUGGAGUCCAGUCUGGAUGUUAGGUACUCAAUUGACUGAUAAGACUGUUGGAAUCGUUGGUUUUGGUCGAAUCGGAGCGGCUACUGCGUGUCGACUUAAGCCAUUUUUAGGCGCAAAUGGAAAAAUAUUAUAUUCUGGAAAUACUGAUAAGCCGAUGGCUGUUCCUCUCAAUGCUAUUAGAGUUGAAUUUAACUCGUUAGUUAGAGAUUCAGAUAUUAUUUGUAUAUGUUGCUAUUUGAACGAGAAAACUAAGGAGAUGUUCAAUUAUGAUGUUUUCAAAAUGAUGAAGAAAAACGUG